AUGUUAAGAAAUACUAAGACACUGCUACUUAAGUAUUGUCUUAAUCUCAUUAAUGGAACUUUUUUGGUUCUUGGACUUUUACUCAUAGGAUUUGGUGUGUGGCUAUUAUUAGAUAUAAAUAAGUUUUUUUCUGCUUUGGGUGAAGAUAAUUGCUUGAUAGUGUCCAGUUUUCAAACUUUGAUUGGAAUUGGAUCUGCUAUUGUCCUUCUUUGUCUCUUUGGUUAUUUGGGAAUUCACAAUGAAAUGAGACGUCUCUUAAUUCUGUAUGCAGUACUAUUAAUGGUGGCAUUUGCUGUUCAACUUAUGUUUUCAGCCUUAAUUUUCACAAAGAAAGAGGAGGUUUACCAAGUGUGGCAUAAUAAAUUUGAUAAACUCAUUUCUAAUUAUGGAUCUAAAGAUAGGCCUGAAGACAGAACCAAGUGGACUAUUCUGGAUGCUUUACAGAAAACAUUAGAGUGCUGUGGCCAACACAAUUACACGGAUUGGACAAAGAAUGGAAAUAAAGAGAAUUAUGGACAGGUGCCAUGUUCGUGCACAAACUCUACAUUAAGAAAAUGGUUUUGUGAUGUACCACUGAAUGCAACUUAUACAGAGGGAUGUGAAAAUAAAAUCUAUCUGUGGUUUCAUACAAAUGCAUUAGCAUUAAUUGGAAUUAACUUUGGAAUUCUGGCUUCAGAAGUUUUACAAGUUUUAUUGAUUGUUUCUUUCUUCAGACACAUCAAGAAUAGAAUAUGUACAGAAAUGUAA